AUGGGUUACUACGAUAAUGAGGGUCAGUACCAUUCCUUCCGUAGCGGACUCCGACACGCUGCAGACAACAUCCUCCAUCCAUUCCAGGACUCCGUCAACGUCCACGAAGACAUCAACAUUUCCGAGCGCAGCGGCGGCCGCGGCCACCACCAUGGCGGCAUCCGCGAACGCACCACCGUGCGCUACGACACCCGCCACACCUCGUCGCGCAACACCGUCACCAUCCCCUGCCACUUCAUCCGCAUCGGCGACAUCCUCAUCCUGCAAGGCCGCCCCUGCCAAGUCAUCCGCAUCACCACCUCCGCCGCCACCGGCCAGCACCGCUACCUCGGCGUCGACCUCUUCACCAAGCAGCUGCAGGAGGAGUCGAGCUUCAUGAGCAACCCCAGCCCGUCGGUGUACGUGCAGAACAUGCGCGGCCCCGUCUUCAAGCAGUACCGCGUGCUCGACCUUCGUGAGGAGGAGCGCCGCGUGGUCUGCAUGACGGAGACGGGCGAUGUCAAGCAGGGUCUGCCCGUGUUGGAUCAAAGCAAGUUGUUUGAGAGGAUUCGCUCCAAGUUUGCCGGGGGCAGGGGAAGCGUUCGGGUGCUGGUGAUUUCAGACGAGGGAUCGGAGCUUGUUGUGGACAUGAAAUUGAUUCACGGCAGCCGUUUGUAA